AUGGACCCAGGAAACCUAUUGAGUUUGAGGUUUUAUUUGUAUGUCUUCCCCCUACCAGGCCUUAGUGAACUUCGAGCAUCCAUAUGUAGCUUCCAUGAGAAACGAGAUGGAUUAAGACUUCAAGACGAUUUAGUUGUUGUUGGCCCUGGAUCAAAGGAGCUCAUCUAUUUGCUCAUAAAUGUCUUCAAUGGAGAUAUUCUACUCUUAUCACCUUCCUGGACAACAUACAAGCCACAGACCCAGCUAGCAAAUCAGAGAGUCUUUACUAUCAAAACUACCCUUGAAGAUAAUUGGAAACUAACCCCUUUUCUUCUUGAGCAGACCCUGCAACAACAUGAGCUGAAGAGGAACCGACUUUUGAUUCUCUGCAAUCCAGACAAUCCAACUGGCACUGCAUAUAGCGAGGAGGACUUCAUAGCCCUGAGCUCUGCCUUGAGGAAACAUAACAUCAUUGUGCUUAGUGAUGAGAUCUAUGCUGCAACAAACUUUGAAUGCUGCCACAAGACGCUAGCCAAGUAUUAUCCCGAAGGUACUGUUCUGUCUAGUGGAAUUUCUAAAUGGGCUAGUGCUGGUGGAUGGCGGCUAGGUUACAGUAUAUAUCCCCCAGAGUUGAAGGUUUUACACAAGGCUGUAUGCAGUGCUGCAAGUCACACUUAUUCAUGUGCCUCAGGACCUGUACAACAUGCAGCUAUUUGGCUCUUUCGUUUUGAUGAAGAGUGUGAGAGAUAUGUGUAUCACACAUCAAAGAUCCUUCAGGCUGUAGCUGCAUUCUGUCACAGAGAGCUGACAUCUGUUGGAGUGAAAGCAAUCAUGCCAAGAGGAGGAUUCUACAUCUUUCCUGAUUUUGAGGUGAUACGUGAGGCCCUAGCAAAGAGAGGCAUCACAACUGGUGAAGCCAUGUGCAAGGCACUGUUAGAAGAAGCAGAUGUAGCUGUUAUGUCUGGUGGUCCAGCCUUCCUUCGUCCUGAUGAUGAGUUCACUGUCCGCCUCUGCUACAUCAACUUUGAUGGUGCCUUUGCUCUUACGGCUAGUCAACAACAUUCUGAUGAACCAAUCACAGAUGACUUCUUAAAUCUGUAUUGCAAACCUGUUGUUGAAGGCAUCCUGGCCAUCAAGAACUGGGUUCAGAAGCAACUUGAGAGUGGCAAGUAGUGUAGACUCAAUGUCAUAUGAUUUUUACACAAGUUUAUCAUAGCAGGUCAAUCAGGAUUACAAACACAUGCUCUAAUAACCUGUAAAUAUUAUGUGUGAUUGGAGUGCUUGAUUACUCUUAUAUUUUAUCUUCUGUCAUAUGUUUGUUAUAGUUACCUACAUAGAAACCUUAUAAAGUCUGACUGCUGGCAUAUUAUGCAUAUAUUUAAUUCUAGAGUUUCUCUCUUUCAGAAGGCUGGUGUAUCUUGAUUAAAAUUUAGAAUUAAAAAAAUGUAGAAAUAUUUUUUGGAUCAUAUUUCAUCUUAAAAGCCAUCAAAAUAUGUAUAUCUAUCAUAUAUUAUAAAAGGUAAAGAAACGUAUACAAGGAGGUGGGAAUUUUCCCAUAUAUGCCACAACUUUUCUUGUUUAUUUUAUAUUUUCUUCAUCACUUUAGUCAAAGAAGUUACAGUAAUUUUGAUCUUACAUAUUAUCAAAAGGACUCAAAAGAUUUUAACAAGAAAAUAAAUUUGAACAUUUGUAGUUUCAAUAGAUACAAUCUAUUAGAAAAAAAAUGUGAAUUUUGCAUUAUUGGCUCAUCAAUUUGGAAACACAGCCUUAAUCACUUUUCUAUAAAACGAGGCAAACUUAAAAAUGCUGUGAUUUUUGUCUCACCUGCGAAGCAGAGUGAGACUAUAGGCGCUGCUUUUCCGACGGUGGCGGCGUCAACACCAAAUCUUAACCGAAAGUUAAGUUUUUGAAAUGACAGCAUAACUUAGAAAGUAUAUGGACCUAGUUCAUGAAACUUGGCCAUAAGGUUAAUCAUGUAUCACUGAACAUCCUGUGCGAGUUUCAGGUCACAUAACGAAGGUCAAAGGUCAAUGAACUUUGGCCAUGUUGUGGGUAUCUGUUGAAUUAUUAUCAUAACUUUGAAAGUUUAUUGGUCUAGUUCAUACAACUUUGACAGAGGCGCUCCACUUGUUAUAUCUUUUUUAGUGCUGGGUGAUAUUUCAAUAUUAUCAAAAUUAUGCAAUAUCUAAAAAAUAUAUUAAAUAUUGGAUAAGGGUUUGAUGAUUAUGAAAAGUUAAUCACUAUUUAAUGACCAAAAUGCUGUUCUGUAUUAUUUUAAACCAAUUUGGAACUUCAUAUUGGUCCCCAAAUGCCUGCAUUUCCUGGAAAGCACUGAUGAAAGUCUUACUUUCAUUUCCUCCCUUCCCUGCAUUCAUGGAAUUGCAGAUCAUAAUGAAAUAUAUGAUGAAUCUUCAGACUCGGCUAUAUAUCGUGUUAUGGGCGAUAUUUUGCUGGCAAUAAUUGACUAACAUCAAAAUCAAAAUAUCAACCAGCACUAAUCUUAUUUUCUAUCUUUUUACUCAUAACUCAUUGUAUCGAAUAUUUUACUCAUUCUUUUUAAGUUUUACUUAACUUAUGUAAUGACUAGUACCUCUCAAUGGUAAACCUUAUAAAAUGAGUUUUUUGUGUAUCUCAAAGAGCAAACUUUAAACUCAUUUUAUAAGGUUCCUCUACCUCUUGGUAAGAAUAGAUCUGUGGAUGCUUAUACCAGGAACAAGUAGACCUACUUAUCUCAUUCCACCUAAAUCUAUAUGCAGUGGCACUUGUAACCUUCUAUACUGAACUAUUCUCUGAAGAAAAUCCAAUGCCAGUAAAAUAAAUCAAAUUCAUUUCAUGUUUUAUAUGGUUUAUUUUUGUUUAAUCAUGUAUUAAAAUUAUUGUAGAAUUAUUACCUCUAUGAGGUCACAUGGUAAGGUCAAAGGUUAUUUUGAGGUUAAUGUUAUGACACAUAACUCUGCAACUGUAAGUCACUUUUAUACCAAACUUGGGUUGCAUGUGUACUUAGGAGACCUGCAUGUUAUUGUGUUCGGAGGUCACCAUGGUAAGGUCAAAGUUCAUUUGGAGGUCAACAUUGAAAUUAAUUGCAUGACUCACUUAUGACAAAUGUUAUUCCAUCCAAGUUAUUUCACAACAAAGUUUUGAUACAAUUCUUUUGCGUGCCCUCGCAAAUCACAAUUUUUCUGGUAGUUCCCAUAAGUGGGCGAGACACAAAAUCACUUAGGCCUUGUUGCUUUUUUUUUUUUUUUUUUGAGGGGGGGGGGUUAAGGCAAUGACUAAAGCCUAACCAGUGUGUAUGAAUUAAUUGGCUUCAAAGAGCUUCCCAUCUUCCUUGAUACUGCUGCAUCUGCAGACUAGUUUAAGAAGCUCAUGAAGGUCAAGGGAAAGUGAAUUUACGUUUACCAGUAAAUCAAAUCAGGAAAUCUGUUUUGGUUCUUUACUUUUCAUGUGGAUAUUCAUUGAAGUUAUCUUUGCGAAACUGAAUUCAUGUUUCUUACUCUGUACAUUUUCUAUGACAAAACAGAAUUUCCAUUUUCAAUUCAGAUUAAAAACAGAAUUACAAGUUUUCACAAACAUUCUUUUGAAACAGAAAAGUCACUGUCCCUACAAUUGUUAAUGAACUUUGACUGCCAUUUAUUUUUUGCUCAACUUGUCUAUUUUGAAAUGAUAUUACUAUUGAGUGGCCAACAUGUACCUUUUUAUAUAUAGAAGCAAAUGACAACCCUUCAUCUCAAGGAAAAUGUGAUAUAGGCCUACUUAAUACUCAGAUAAUCGGAUUGUUAUGCUGUAUCCUACCAAACUCUGCAUCCCACUUCAACCCAGCCUCCCUUAAUUUUACCCAUUUACAUCUAAAUUCUGUACUAAUUCCAAUAUGCUUUGUACAGGGACCACCUCUUUUCAGUAUCUAAUGUAUUAAAGUGUUUAUUGAAGUAGGCUUUAGCAAUAACAUAUUUGGAACAUCAUCAGUACUAUUUCAAGUUGUGAAUGAUAAUGACUAAUGAGUUUAUUAUGAUGUUUAUUUUUGAUCAAAUAUAUUUUUAUGUGAAAUUAGAUUAUUUCAAUCUUUAGUUUGAUGUUUAAAAUUACAUAAUGAUUAUGUGGACCAAAUGGCAACUAAGUAUUCAUGUGUGUUAUUGAGGAACGUUAAAAAUUGUGAUAUUUUUAAUAGUGCUUAGAUGUUUAUUAGCAUUAAUUACAUAUAUAUAAUAUAUAUUCAUAUUAUAUCUUUAAUUUUUUCCAUAUCUUUUUUUUUCUUCAAAGUGCUGCAGGAUGGCCAAGGGCACGAAUAUUACAGAUUUUACAGAUGAAAUGAGAAUUUUCACUAGACAUCAGACCCAAUGCACAAAAUCAAAUGUAGGUCUUGAAUGUGCACUUUUGAAUGGGUGAAAUGCAAGUUAUGUUUGAUUUUUGUGAGUUGAAUUUAAACUCAACUCUAUGUGAAAUGAGCUCUUGGAGCAACUCUGUGUAUUGUCUUAAUUCAUGAAAAAAAAUCAUUGCUAUACAAUUUACUUUAAAAAGCAAUUAUUCAUUUAACAGUAUAUUACUAUAAAUGUCAUUGACAGGAUGAAAUAAAAAUACAUAUUCAUAUAGAAAUGUAG